AUGGCGCGUAGCCCGCUCGGCAGCUGCGCGCAUGCAGACAGGAGACAGAGGGGACUGAGGGGACAAAGGAGACAGAAAGGAGACAGAAAGGAGACAGAAAGGAGACAGAAAGGAGACAGGGGAGACUUUGGAGACAAAGGAGAUAUGAAGGGGACAAAGGAGACAGAAAAGGGGACAAAGGGGACACAAAAGGAGACAGAGGGGACUUUGGGGACAAAAGGAGACAGAAAGGAGACAGAGGGGACUGAGGGGACAAAAGGAGGCAUGAAGGAGACACAGAAGGAGACAGAGGGGACUUUGGGGACAAACGGAGACAGAAAGGAGACAAAGGAGACACAAGAGGAGGCAGAGGAGGCUUUGGGGACAAAGGAGAUAUGA